CGCAGGCACAUUUCUCAUCAGCCAAUGAGAAGCCAGGCGAGGCGGGUGUAAGAGUGAAGGCGUAUCUCAGAGAAGAUGGAUUUCCAACAGCAUGGAUACCGGGCAACAAAGCCCAGAGCCAGAGCAUCUCCGCCCAUUGGGGGUCCGCUUCUUUUUGAUGACACCAGUUCUGGGCCCCCACCCAUGAACAACCAGAACUACUAUAGUUCAGGAUAUAAUAUGGCUGAUGCAUCGGCAGGAGGUCAAGAUCCUGGAGCGGGCAGCCUCUUUGCUGAUCCAGUGGCCAGUGCUGCCAUGAUGUAUGGCUCAUCACUUGCCAAUCAAGGCAAGGAUAUUGUGAACAAAGAGAUCAACCGAUUCAUGUCGGUGAACAAGCUGAAAUAUUUCUUUGCAGUUGAUACCAAAUAUGUAUUGAAGAAACUGUUGCUUCUCAUGUUCCCAUACACGCAUCAGGACUGGGAAGUACGUUACCACAGAGACACUCCUCUCAUACCACGCCAUGAUGUCAAUGCUCCAGAUCUCUACAUACCCACAAUGGCUUUUAUCACCUAA